CUUGACAUGACUCAUGGUGAACUAAAAUUGCUUGCAAAGCAUCUGGGACAUGAUGUGAAGACACACAAGGAAUAUUAUCAGUUGUCUUCCAGUACCAUGGAACUCUCAAAGGUUGCCCUGAUGUUGUAUGCUGUUGAAAAUGGUAAAGUCAAUGAGUGGAAGGGAAGGCAGAUGAAGGACAUAGUAGUAGAAGAUUUACCUCUUCCAAUUGAAGACGAAGAUGGCCAUCAAGAAGAGUCCAUGUCAACUGCUGACAGUGAAGAGCCAGGCAGUCUGACCCAUGAUAGGAGGGAGCCAAGUGAAGAGCCAGCCAGUCUGACCCAUGAUAGGAGGGAGCCAAGUGAAGAGCCAGCCAGUCUGACCCAUGAGUCCAUGUCAACUGCUGCCAGUGAAGGGCCAGCCAGUCUGACCCAUGAUGAAAUGAGGCAGCCAAAUCCUCAAGGGACAGGGACAAGAAAAGGAAUGAAACGAAAGUGGGCCAGCGAAGAGAACAUAUGUUUCAUGAACUUUUUUAGAGAUGAAUUAAGAGAAAAAAUAAUGCCAUCUGGCUCAAAAAUAAUGGGGUCCCUAAAAAUACUUACCGGAAGAACAGUGGCCCAGAUAAGGGCAAGGGUCCAUAACAUUAUUAUGAAAAAACAAAAAUGGAAAAAGAAUUGUUGAACUGUGGAAUAUGUUUAUGCCCCUGGUAGGGUGGCAUAUAGCAGUUGAACUGUCCGUCAGUCAGUCAGUCUGUCCAUCUGGCCGAAAACUUAUAUGGCCAUAACUUUUUCAAUAUUGAACAUAGCAACUUGAUAUUUAUACCCCUAUUACAAUUGGUAAUGGGGGCUAUAUAGGAGUCACGUUUGUCGGUCUGUCCCGAUAUUUCAUCCGAUCUUCACCAAACUUGGUCAGUAGUUGUAUGUAGAUAAUGUCUAGGUCAGUUUGAAUAUGGGUCAUGCCAGGUCAAAAACUAGGUCAUGGGGUCACUUAGUAUGUUUUAAACUGUAAGUUUGUACGGACCAUAGCUAUGUCAUUUAUUGUUACAUUUUUAAAUGACUCGGUACAUUUGUUCACCAUCAUGGAACGGUGUGUCGCGUUAAAAAAAAUUACGUCAAUAUCUCAAAGGUCAAGGUCACACUUGGGAGUUCAAAGGUCAAAUGCUUGUCCGGGCCAUAGCUUUGUUUUUUAUUGUGAGAUUUUAAAAUCAUUUGGCACAUUUGUUCACCAUCAUUGAACAGUGUGUCGGGCGAAAGAAUUACGUCGAUAUUUCCAAGAACAAGGGCACAAUUUGAGUUUAAAGGUAAAAAAUGGCCAUAAUUGAGCUUGUCUGGGCAAUAACUAUGUUGUUUAUUGUGCGAUUUUAAAAUCGUUGGCUCUUUUGUUCACCAUCAUUUGACGGUGUGUCGCGCGAAAGAAUUAUGUCGAUAUCUCCAAGGUCAAGUUCGUAGUUUUAGUUCAAAGGUCAAAAAUGGCAAUAAAUUAUCUUGUCUGGGCCAUAAAUAUGUCAUUCAUUGUAAGAUUUUAAAAUGACUGUACAUCAAUUUUGUUCAAAGUCAUUGGAAGGCUUGUCAUGUGAAAGAAUUCAAGAGUUCAAAGGUCAAAAUGGCUAUAAAUGAUAAUGGCAUAAUGAUUCUUAAAAAAUCGCCAUAAAUUGUAUUAUCUUGUUUUGUGAAGACAGCAUACAAAAUAAUCAAUCAAUCAAUGCGGUAUGUGGGGGUAACAGACAAAGCUCCAGUUGGCAUGCAUGUGCAUCUUGUGAAGCUGCACAUAUUGAGUGGUGAAAAGUGAAGGUCAAGGUAAUUCUUCAAGGUUAAAUGUUAAAUAUAUUGCUUUUGUCCGUCCGUCUGAAAACUUUAAAAUUGUGCCAUAACUUUUGAGCUCACCUGAGUGCAACAUGCUCAUGGUGAGCUUUUGUGAUUGCCUUUUGUGCGUUGUAUGUCGUCAACAUUUUGCCUUGUGAACACUCUAGAUUCCACAUUUAUUGUCUGAUCUUCAUGAAAUUUUGCAGAACAUUUGUCACAUUGAUACCUCGACUGAGUUCGAAACUGGGUCAUGCUGGGUCAAAAAUUAGGUCACUAGGUAAAAAAAACAACAAAAAAACUUGUGAACACUGUACAAGUCCAAUCUUCAUGUAACUUUGUCAAAAUGUUUGUCUAAAUGAUAUUUUGGUUGAGUUAAAAAUUGGUUCCGGUCCGUUGAAAAACAUGGCCGCCAGGGGCGGGGCAGUAAAAAAAUUUCCUUAUAUGGCUAUAGAGAAACCUUGUGAACACUUUAGAAGUCAAAAUGUUUGCCUUAUCAUCAUGAAACUUAAUCAAAACAUUGGUUUUAUUUAUAUUUUGGACGAGUUCGAAAAUGGUCCAGAUCAGUGAAAAAACAUGGCCGCCAAGGGGCGGGGGAGUUUUUCUUAUAUGUCUUUAGUUAAACAUUGCUAACACUCUAGAGGCCACAUUUAUUGUCCAUUCUUCAUGAAAUUUGGUCAGAAGUUUGGUCUCAAUGAUAUCUUAGACGAGCUGAAAAUGGUUACGUUUGCUUGAAAAACAUGGCUGCCAAAGGGCGGGGCAUUUUUCCUUAUAUGGCUAUAGUAAAACGUUGUGAACACUCUAGAGGCCACAUUUAUUGUCCAAUCUUCAUGAAAUUUGGUCAGAAUAUUUGUCUCAUUAAUAUCUUGGAUGGGUUUGAAAAUUAUUAUGUUUGCUUGAAAAACAUGGCUGCCAUGGGGCGGGGCAUUUUUCCUUAUAAAAAUGGCUAUUGUAAAAUCUUGUUAACACUCUUGAGGCCACAUUUAUUUUCCGAUCUUCAUGAAACUUGGUCAGAAUAUUCAUCCCAAAAAAUAUCGUGGACAAGUUAAAAAAUGAUGCUGGUUGGUUGAAAAACAUGUCCGCCAGGGGGUGGGGCAUUUUACCUUAUAUGGCUAUAGUAAAACUUUGUUAACACUCUAGAGGCCACAUUUAUUUUCUUAUCUUCAUGAAACUUGGUCAGAAGAUUUGUCCUAAUGAUAUCUUGGAUUAGUUCAAAAAUAGUUUUGUUUGCUUAAAAAACAUGGCCACCAGGGGGCGGGGCAUUUUUCCUAAUAUGGUUAUGUAUCAUGCUUUACUAAAACAUUGUUAACACUCUGUAGGCCACAUUUAUUUUCCGAUUAUUAUGAAACUUGGUCAGAUGAUUUGUCCUAAUGAUAUCUUGGAUGAGUUCAAAAAUGGUUCUAGUUGGUGGAAAAACAUGGCCGCUAAGGGGGCGUGUCAUUUUUCCUUAUAUGGCUAAAGUAAAACCCUGUUAAAACUCUAGAAGCCAUAUUUAUUGUACGAUCAUCAUGACACUUUGUCAGAAGAUUUGUCCCAAUGAUAUUUGGACAAGUUUGAAAUUGGUUCCAGUUGCUAAGAAAAACAUGGCCACCAGUGGGCGGGGCAUUUUUCCUUAUAUGAACUUAUAAAUCUUCUUGAAACUUUGUCAGUAUAUUAGUUUAAAUGAUAUCUUGGAUGUGUAUUUCAAGUUGACAUUUAAAGCUUUAACUUUGUAUGAUUCUAAAUAUGUGUCAAUGCUGUCAGUUGAAUUUUGAAAUGUGAAGUUUUACAUUUUUUGUAGAUUAAAUAAUUUGUAAAAUGUUGCAGUUUCGUCAAUCAGUUUUAUAAGACAUUGAGCUUUAAAUAUGAUGCAGAUUGUAAGAUUCUUAAUAUCUUUCAAUAUUGUGGAUAAGUUUGAGAUAUCAAGCUUUGAAUUUUAUGCAAAGUGUAUGAUUUUAAAAUGUUUUAAUGGUGUUGAUCCGUGUAAUGAAGAUUGCAUAAUUUUUAUGUUUUAAUUCUGUCUAUUGGUUUUCAAAAUGAAAGACUUUGAUUUUGUAAGUGCACUUUUAUCUCCUGAAAGAUUCUUUUCUAGUGUUUAGUUUAUAUUUUAAGGCUGUUUGCAAACUCGAAGUGAAAACAGUUCUAUUACAAUUUGGUAAGGACAUGACAUUGCAUAUCUGAUUUUAAAAUGUACUUUGCUGGCAACGUGUAAUUUUCUGAAAUGUCUUAGUAAGACUGUUGUUUGCAAUCAAAAGGUCUGUGCUUCAUAUCCAGGGUAAUGCAUGUUUUUUGUCCAAAUUUAUGUCGAUUCAGACAUUGUUCUAUGUAAAUAUGGGGUUUGCUUGAAGGUUCAGUCUAUUUUUAUGUCCCUCACUAUAGUAGUGGGGGACAUAUUGUUUUUGUCCUGUCUGUUGGUUGGUUGGUUGGUUGAUCUGUUUACGCCAACUUUAACAUUUUGCAAUAACUUUUGCAAUAUUGAAGAUAGCAACUUGAUAUUUGGCAUGCAAAUGCAUCUCAUGAAGCUGCACAUUUUGAUUGGUGAAAGGUCAAGGUCAUCCUUCAAGGUCAGAGGUCAAAUAUAUGUGGCCAAAAUCGCUCAUUUUAUGAAUACUUUUGCAAUAUUGAAGAUAGCAACUUGAUAUUUGGCAAGCAUGUGUAUCUCAUUGAGCUGCACAUUUUGAGUGGUGAAAGGUCACGGUCAUCCUUCAAGGUCAGAGGUCAAAUAUAUGUGGCCCAAAUCGCUUAUUUUAUUAAUACUUUUGCAAUAUUGAAGAUAGCAACUUGAAAUUUGGCAUGCAUGUGUAUCUCAUGGAGCUGCAAAUUUUGAGUGUUGAAAGGUCAAAGUCAUCCUUCAAGGUCAGAGGUUAAAUAUAUGUGGCCCAAAUCGCUUAUUUUAUGAAUACUUUUGCACUAUUAAAGAUAGUAACUUGAUAUUUGGCAUGCAUAUGUAUCUCAUAGAGCUGCACAUUUUGAGUGGUGAAAGGUCAAGGUCAUCCUUCAAGGUCAAAUAUAUGGGUCAAAAUUGCUCAUGUUAUGUUACUUCUGCAAUAUUGAAGCUAGCAAUUUUAUAUUUGACAUGCAUGUGUAUCUCAUGGAGCUGCACAUUUUGAGUGGUGAAGGGUCAAGGUCAUCCUUCAAGGUCAAACGUUAUAUACGGGGACAUGGGUUUCACAAACGCAUCUUGUUGCGUAUGUAAUUAAUUUUGGCUUAAUUUUUGUGAUCCCCCGCCAACAGCGGAGGGAUAUUAAUUUGGCGUUGUCCGUCUUUCCGUCUGUCCGUCUGGCACUUUUGUGUCCGGAACCAUAUCUUGGAAGUGCUUUGGCAGAUUUCAUUGAAACUUGGUAUGAGUAUAUAUAUGGAUAAGAGGAUGAUGCACGCCAAAUGGCAUUGUACAUCCUUGAAUAAUAGCGGAGUUAUGACCCUUUGUAUUUGAAAAAAUGCUUUUUUUGUGUGUCCAGAGCCGUAACUUGUAUCCAGAAGUAUAAUGGCGGGGGAUAUCAAUUCAACGAAUUUGCUUGUUAAAUCAGUUUUUAUUUUCAUGAUAAUCAUUUAGUUCGUACUGCAACUUAUGAUGGAUUGUUACUACUAUCUCCAGUUAUUUGUUUGUCAUGGGUCCGUCACCAUUUAUCUCUUAUUAGCUCAUCUAUUUUUUGAAAAAAAAUUAUGAGCUAUUGUCAUCACCUUGGCGUCGGCGUUGGUGUCCGGUUAAGUUUUGCGUUUAGGUCCACUUUUCUCAGAAAGUAUCAAUGCUAUUGCAUUCAAACUUGGUACACUUACUUACUAUCAUGAGGGGAUUGGGCAGGCCAAGUAAGAUAACUCUGGCGUGCAUUUUGACAGAAUUAUGUGCCCUUUUUAUACUUAGAAAAUUGAAAAUUUUGGUUAAGUUUUGUGUUUAGGUCCAUUUUAUUCCUUAAGUAUCAAAGCUAUUGCUUUCAUACUUGCAACACUUACUAACUAUCAUAAGGGGACUGUGCAGGCAAAGUUAUGUAACUCUGACUGGCAUUUGGACGGAAUUAUGGGCCCUUUAUACUUAGAAAAUUGAAAAUUUUGUUAAGUUUUGUGUUUUGGUCCACUUUACCCCUAAACUAUCAUAAAUAUUGCUUUCGUACUUCGAACACUCGCAUACUAUCAUAAUGGUACAGUAAAAGGACAAGUUGCAUAACUCUUGUUGUCAUUUUUACGGAAUUAUGGCCCUUUUUUGACUUAGUAACUUUGAAUAUAUGGUUAAAUUUUGUGUUUUGAUCCACUUUACUUCUAAAGUAUCAAGGCUAUUGCUUUCAAACUUCAAAUACUUUCAUGCUAUCAUGAGGUUACUGUACCUGGCAAGUUGAAUUUUACCUUGACCUUUGAAUGACCUUGACUCUCAAGGUCAAAUUAUUAAAUUUUGCAAAAAAUGCCAUAACUUCUUUAUUUAUGAUUAGAUUUGAUUGAUACUUUUACAAAACUACUCUUACCUGACAUACCACAAUAGACUCCACCCAAACCAUUCCCCGUGCCCUGCCCCCCUCCCCCCCCUUAAUUUUUUUUUUUUUUAAGAUCAUCUCACAAAUGACCACCACACCCUCACACUAUACCCCCGACCCCACCCCCCAAUUUUUUUUUAAGCGGUUAUUAUUUUUAUUAUUUUAUGUUUGAAAUACCGUCCAACCAUCGCACCCAAGAAUCCCCCCCACAACCCCCCCCCCCGGAAUCCCCCUUAUUGUUGUUUUUUUGUGUUUUUUUUAAGAUCAUCUCACAAAUGACCACCAUCCCCUCACACUAUAACCCCCCCCCCCCCCCCAUUUUUUUUGUGAAACUUAAAAAACAAAAAUAUUUAUUUUUAUUAUUUUAUGUUUGAAAUACCGUCCAACCAUCGCACCCAAGAAUCCCCCACCCCUCCUCCCCGAUUUUAUUUUAUUAUUGCAUUUUUUUCCCCGCAUUUUUGGAAGAUAAUGUAAUAAAUGUCCACACCACCACACUAUACACCCCUCUUCACUCCACCCCUCCCUCUUUUGUGAUUGAAAAUGAAAGUCCCUUCACCUUUAAAAAGAAAAUAGAUGAGCGGUCUGCACCCGCAAGGCGGUGCUCUUGUAUAAUACUUGAAUUGAGCAUUUCACAAUCUGACAAUCAUGCAUAUCAUUUAUUAGUUUCAUAAUAAAACGUCUGACAAGGGUCAGAUAAUUUUAA